AUGGUCGCUGUACAAUAUUCUGCUCCAACCAGCACGCUUGAGUCAUACACGACAGACACCUACCUCACGGGUCGACUCAACCCGAUCCCAAUGGACAAAGUCCCUCCGACAAUAGUCUCAUCCUCAACAGCAACUUCAACUCCCGGAGCUACGCUACCACAGCACGAAGAAGACGGUUCGACUGGAAUGCACAUUGGAAUCGAUAUCUGCAAAUGGAGAGAUGCGGACGGCGCAAAUGAUUUGCAAGAGGAUCUUUGUGUAUAA